AUGCGUCUUGUAGCUUAUGGAGCCAUCAGUACGCUGGUGGCUUCUAGUGUCGUCUUGCAGGCUUUCCACCAACGUGCCAAUUUCUAUUCUGCCUGCGUCCAUCUUGCUCAAUCCAAUGCCUGCGUUAUGAUUCUUACGAACUUUGGUUUCUUUAUGACCCUCAUGUUUGGCAAAAUAAUCCAAAAGAUUUUCUACGGUCCCCUUCGCGCCGCCGAAGUUGAGCAUCUAUAUGAAAAGGCAUGGUACGCCAUUACGGAAACAUGUCUGGCUAUGACUAUAUUUCGCGACGAGUUUCAUAGUGGAUAUGUAAUGAUGUUCACGAUACUGUUAUUCCUGAAGUGCUUCCAUUGGCUGGGUAAUGACCGGGUCGAUUUUAUGGAACAAACUCCACCGGAUCAUCCGUAUCUCUUUCACAUCCGGCUAGCGGGUUCUUUAAUAUCGCUGCUUCUCCUCGACCUCGUCCUUACACGACACUGUAUCCUCACUCUAAUGCAAUUGCCGAAACCGAACAUGCUUGUCAUGUUCGCCUUUGAGUUUGCGAUAUUGGCGGUAGCUGGUUCGGGUACACUCUUUCGGUAUCUCAUUGCAGUCGCUGAAAGAAUCAUCACACUACGGAAGACCAGGUUGUAUAGGGAAAGAAGAACAAGAGUGUUGCAGAGGAGAGUAGAUAGGGGUAUCAUUUCUGAAGAGGAAAUGAGGGAUAUACUUUUGGAAGAAGAAGAAGCUGGAGAUGUGAUUAACGCUUGGGAAGGAAAGGCUAUUUUCCUAUUUACAAUGGAAAUCGCAACUGAUCUCCUAAAACUAUUGAUUUACCUCGCAUUCUUCGGGAUUGUCCUUAUGUUCUAUGGAUUACCACUCCACAUUGUUAGAGACGUCUACAUGACCCUCCGAUCUUUCAUCGGAAGAUGUCGGGAUUACAUUCGGUUCAAGAGAGCGACACAACAGAUGAACUUGAAGUAUCCUGACGCAACCCGUGAGGAAAUCGAUCGCGAGAAUGUAUGCAUUAUCUGUCGUGAGAAUAUGAGGGCCUGGAGUGAUACACCUGAGACGGCGGCACAACAGGCAGAGCUUGUUGACGAGGAAGAUAUUCCAGAUGACAGAAUGAGGCCGAAGAAACUACCGUGCGGACAUGUACUCCAUUUAGCAUGCUUGAAGAGUUGGAUGGAAAGGCAGCAAAGGUGUCCUACUUGUAGACGGCCGGUACUUGAAGAUCCCGAUGCACCACAAAACGGCCAAGGAGCUGGCGCUGCCCAGAAUUUCGGGGGCAAUGCACCACAAGGGUUCCCACAAGUAAACCAGCAAGGACAGAACCAAGGACAGAAUCCAGGUCAAGGUCCAGCACCUGGGCAGCCAGGACAGCCAGGAAACGGACCUGUACGUUUCGGACUCAAUAUGUUUGGCGGUGGUGGAGGAGCCGGAGGAGGUUUUGUUCAGGCUUUGGCAAGGAAUUUAGCUCAACGACAAAACCAAUUUCAACCGUUGUUCGAUCAGAAUGCUCAAGGGGCCCAGCAGAAUCAACAAGGACAACAGAAUGUACAGGCACAGCAGAAUCAACCGGUACAACCGGUACAACAGAAUCAACAGCCUAGGCAGCCUGGACAACCGAAUCCACCUGCACAGCAAAAUCAGCCGGCCCAGCCCAGCCAGCCAGCUCAACCAAACCAGCCGGCACAAGACCAGCAGGCGAUGAACUAUGAUAUGGCUACGAUUCUGUACACCCGCUUAGCAGAACUAAUGAGAGUGACAGCGGAUGAUAUCGUACGACAACAAAAUGUUUGGAAUGGGGUGUUAAUGCAAAAUAUCGGAGACCUGACCGAACAACUAAGGCAGACCCAGAGAGCUUUGGCUAUGGAUCGGCCUGGAUUGGCUGGUGUUAUGACAGGUCAUCAAGAUGGUGCAGAGCAAGCCCAAGAAGCCGCUGGCAUGCCCCCGAAUACAUUAAACGAGCCAGAUAUUGCUCCGUCGAUUCUUACGACCCCCCAUGUCACAACUUCAUCUUUUACACCAGCCAGCAGAUCCAGUGCCAGCCCAUCUCAAGCCGGUAAUAAUAACAGUAUCAACCAGGCGCAUCCUCCCGGUUUGCAACUUCCCCCGGGGUGGUCGGUUAUCCCGUUGUUGCCCAUGACCCAGGGGACCCCGGUUCCCAGCGGUUUUGCAACACCUCAACAACAACAGCAGGGUGUUGUCUACACCACACCAUCUCCCCUUCCUCAUCAACAUCAUCAUCACCACCAACCAUUACACGGAACAUUCACCUCAUUAGCUACCCACGACUCUUCGGCACGACCAUCAGCACCAUCCGGUUCGAGACCAGAUAUCAGCCUUUCGGACUCUGGAAUUCGAAGACGUGGUGUCCAAAGACAGUAUUCCAACAAUCUUCACACAUACCACAGCAUGGCUUCUCCACGUCGAGAGGAAGCUAACCCAUUCGCUUCAUCUCAUCAAGCACCUACCUCACCUCCUACAAACACCACUGAUAGUACCUCUGGAAUCACUUCUUCCUCUUCUCCUUCGGGUCUCACAAGGAACCGGCAAACAGCAAACAACGGUUUGAGCAGCAUUUCGUCACCACCACGUCAAAUGAACAACUCACACAAUCAUCACGGAACGUCAUCGUCUCCAUCUCGUCACGGUUCCAUCUCUUCUACCUCUCGUGAGGUACUUGAGCGUCGCCACCGAGAUGCCCAUUCACCUCGACCUGGAUCCUCAAAACUUUCUCCAGCUGGAAGCGUCCGAAGCACCCUCUCAAACAACAAUACCCAUAAUAAUCCUACUACCGAUUCUUCAGCCCGACGAGUCUCCUCUCCGAUGGGCCUAGGUACAGCUACUGGGAACGGACGCCGUCCUGAAAAUCCACACCUUGACACUAGUGCAGAGCAUAACCACCCCGUCGACUCUACCCAUGACCCAACUCAAGGCCGUUCCCCAGUCGAAGAACGCCGUCGUGCAUCUGCCGGUGAGAUCCUACUCACCGAAACGGAUACAGCUUGGCCUGUUCCAUCUGCUCAAUCUGGUAGUGGCCCUGCUAGCGAAGGUAGCCUGUCUCCGACUCCAUCCCUCCCAUCAUCGCGAGUUGGCAGCAUCAGACGCAAUCGUCGAAGUAGCGGAGCUGGAUUGACGGCGGCUAUGGCUACUGGUAACGGAAGUCCCAUUGGUACUACAAGCAUCUUCAAUGUCAUUCCAAAGAGUCAAGCUAGUAGCACUGUUGGAAGCCCUGUCAUGGGACACUCGUUGGGCAGGUUCGAUCUCGGAAGUCCGACUAGAAUGAGCCUUGAUAAAGGGAAGGAUAGAGACGAUUCUGGAAAUGGAGGGGGUGAAAGCGAUGCUAAGGAAAGAGGAAGAAGCAGGAUCAAGGAAGAAGACGACGAGACUUAA